CCCGCCCUGACGUGAUUGUUGUGCGCGCGCGUCGCUCUGGGGUCCCGAGCCCGCCAUUGGCGUUUUCUGGUCAGCGGCAUCCUGCCGGCGGGGGCUCGGGGCCGAGCGGGGGACGCGCGUCGCAACCGCUCUCCCCGCGGCUGGCAGAGCUCCGUUAUGGCUGCGGCGGAGGCGGAGGGGGCGAGCGCGGCUGCAGUUCCUGGUUCGGGUGCCGACGGCAGUGGCCAGUCGCCCGGAGUCGAAGGAGAGGGAGGAGGAGUGGUGGGCAAAGAGAAGGACGCGGCCGCGAAAGGAGCGGAGGCCGUCGGGGACAGCGAGGAUGACGGCGAGGAUGUGUUCGAGGUGGAGAAAAUCCUGGACAUGAAGAUAGACGGGGGCAAGAUCGUUUAUAAAGUUCGAUGGAAAGGAUACACAUCAGAUGAUGAUACCUGGGAGCCUGAGGUUCACCUUGAGGACUGUAAAGAAGUUCUUCUUGAAUUUAGGAAGAAAGUUGCAGAUAACAAAGCUAAACCAGUGAAGAAAGAUGUCCAGAGACUGCCCUUAAAUAAUGACAUAUUUGAGGCAAACUCUGAUAGCGAUCAACAAAGUGAGACCAAAGAAGACACUUCUUCAAAGAAGAAAAAGAAAAAACUAAGGCAAAAAGAAGAGAAAAGCCCAGAUGAUCUGAAAAAGAAAAAAGCAAAGACUGGGAAACUAAAAGAUAAAGCCAAACCAGACCUGGAGAGCUCCUCUGAAAGUUUGGUUUUUGAUUUAAGGACAAAGAAAAGAAUUUUGGAAGCCAAAGAAGAAUUAAAGGAAUCCAAAAAGCCCAAAAAAGAUGAUACAAAAGAAACUAAGGAGUUAAAGAAAGUUAAAAAGGGUGAAAUAAGAGAUUUAAAGGCUAAAAAAAGAGAAGAUUCCAAAGAAAACAGGAAAACGAAAAAAGAGAAAUGUGUUGAAUCUCAGGGGGACUCUGAGUUGAGUGUCCUCAGUGACCCCCCUUUUCUGGAAGGAGACAGUGAAGAUUUACACUCUGACAGCAGAAACGAGAGGCAGCCGGUUAAAGGUGCAAAAGAUAAAGCAGAGCCCCAGGCGAUUCAAGAUACUGUUUCUGAUAAACAGCAGGAUGGCACUGUAAGCACUGAUGAGGAUGAUGUCAAAGGAAAGAGGAAAAACAAGAAACUGAGAAGGACGGAGGAACUUAAGGAGAGCAAAAAGCUAGAAAACAAGAGCCUCUUAGAGAAGAAAAAUACACAGAAAAAGCAGAGGAAUCCAGACAAAGGCCGAAGUAGCGCUGAGUUAGAUAAGCUAAUGGCUGCCUCCUCCCCAGCACAGAAGAGCUCCAGACCAUGUGCGGAGGAGAGGGGCUCCAGGCCGGCAGACUCCCCGGGGGAGGUGAGUGCGGAGGAGAAAGAGACCAAAAAAUAUGAACCCAAAGAGAAAUACCCGAAAAAGCAUGAUUUGGACAAGGAAGAAAAAGGCCGAAAAGAGCCCAAGGCAUUAAAGACAUUUAAGGAAAUCAGAAAUGCACUUGAUUUAUUUAAAUUAACUCCAGAAGAAAAAAAUGAUUUUCCUGAGAAUAAUCGGAAAAGAGAAGAAGUACCACCAGACUGUAAAGUCACAGAAGACCACAAGACCAAGGAAAACAAGCAGUUACUUAAAGAAAGGAGAAAUACGAGAGAUGAGACUGAUACAUGGGCAUAUAUAGCUGCAGAUGGUGGUCAAGAGGUUGUGGACAGUACGUCCCAAGCGGACGAGAAUUCUGAUGGCAGACAACAGAUUUUGAGUUUCGGCAUGGAUUUGCAGUUGGAAUGGAUGAAAUUAGAGGAUUUUCAAAAACAUCUUGAUGGGGAAGAUGAGAAUUUUACAACAGCAGAUGCACUUCCAAGCAAUUUAUUGAGGGAUGCUGUGAAAAACGGGGAUUAUAUUACUGUGAAGGUUGCACUUAAUUCAAGUGAAGAAUAUAACCUGGACCAAGAGGAUUCAAGCGGGAUGACGCUCGUGAUGCUCGCGGCAGCUGGGGGCCAGGACGACCUGCUGAGGCUGCUCCUCAGGAAGGGGGCAAAGGUGAACGGUCGCCAGAAGAACGGGACCACCGCGCUCAUCCACGCUGCCGAGAAGAACUUUUUAACAACAGUGGCUAUUCUUUUGGAAGCAGGAGCUUUUGUAAACGUCCAGCAGAGCAAUGGUGAGACGGCUCUAAUGAAGGCCUGUAAAAGGGGAAAUUCAGACAUCGUGCGCCUUGUCAUUGAAUGCGGGGCUGAUUGCAACAUUCUGUCAAAGCACCAGAACAGUGCGCUGCAUUUCGCAAAGCAGUGUAACAAUGUGCUGGUGUAUGACCUGCUGAAGAAUCACUUAGAGACACUUUCAAGAGUAGCAGAAGAAACGAUAAAGGAUUACUUUGAAGCGCGUCUUUCUCUCCUAGAACCAGUUUUCCCAAUAGCAUGUCAUCGUCUCUGUGAGGGCCCAGACUUUUCAAUGGAUUUCAAUUACAGAACCCCACAGAACAUACCAGAAGGCUCCGGCGUCCUGCUGUUUAUUUUCCACGCAAACUUUUUGGGUAAAGAGGUCAUUGCUCGCCUCUGUGGACCGUGUAGUGUACAAGCUGUCGUUUUAAAUGACAAAUUUCAACUCCCUGUUUUCCUGGACAGCCAUUUUGUUUACUCGUUCAGCCCCGCCGCAGGCCUCAAUAAACUCUUCAUAAGGUUGACGGAAGCGCCGUCUGCUAAGGUUAAGUUGCUAAUAGGUGCAUACAGAGUACAGCUGCAAUGACCAAAGAAUUGGGAGAGAGUUAUUCUCAGACCUAUUUCUAAACACUCUUCAAAGCAGUUUGGAAUUCUGGCACAGCUCACACUUCCAAAUUAAAAGCCUUGCAUUUAAGGCCUGUCACCUGUUACAAUCUGAGAGAUGGGGCAUGUGCAUCUAACAUAUAAAAAACACAGAUGUAAGUACUCGUGCCAGUGUUCUGAAAUCUAUUGUGUCCAGACUGUAUGUUUUUCCACAAUGUGGAAUGGUUCAUAUGAGGAUUAUUUAAGAAAAUUAAAACUUUUUUUUAACUUGAAAUUUUUUACUAGCCCUAGUGAAUUUUUGUGUUUAAAAAAAAAAAAAAAAAAAAUCCAGUGGGAACGUUAGCACUAAGUUAAGGUGUGAGUUUGCAUCCCUUGAAGUAGGACUAGUCUAAGGUGGUAGGCGGGUUUGAGGGAGGAGGUCUGAUCUUUCCAACGGGCCAUUGACAGAGAUCCCGAGUAGGUGACAACUUUGUAUAUUUGCAGUUACCCUUUAUUGUUUGAAAAGAUAAUAAAUCAAUCUGAGAUAUAGCCAAAAAACCCAGAAACCAGACAUCAUAAGCAUAAAAGGGGAUAUUACAUGUGAACUUUAUCUCUGUUCUUGGAAUCCAUCAAGUCAUUUUGAACAGCCAGAUCUCGUUACUUAUUGUGAACACCGGGAAGGCCAGCCAGGCUUUGCCACACUCUGCCUCCUGAGAAGAGUGACUGCCCACAGGUCUAAUGCUUAUAUUCUUUCAAGAGAAAUAUUUAUUUGGCAAACUCAAGAAUCAAGCUGUCUGGGUUAUGGAAAUGUAUAAAAUUUUUAAUUUCCAGAUUAGUUUUAUAAUUGCGUGAGUUACAGUUUUAAUGAAAAAAUUUCAGAAUGUCACAUACGUCAUCCCUCAACAUCCACGGGGAACUGGUUCCAGGAACCCCUCAGACACCAAGAUCCGAGGACGCUCAAGUCCUUGUGUCAUAGUUGCAUUUAACCCCUUGCGUAUCCCCCCCCCAUAUACUUUAAAUCAUGUCUGCAUUAACUUACAAGGUAAAUGCUAUGUAAAUAGUUGUAAACACAGUGUAAAUUCUAUGUAAAGAGUUCCUGGUGUGCAGCAAAUUCAAGUUUUGCUUUUUGGAACUUGCUGGAAAAUUUUUUUCUUCCCCGGUUAUUUUCCAUCUGUGGUAUGUUGAGUGAGUCUGUGGAUGCAGAAAUUGGAUACUAAGAGCUAACCACACACACUGUACAGAUAUUUCAGAGUACAACCGCCUUUCCCUAGUUUCCUCAAUAAAAUACCACAAUGCUGGUCUUUCUAGUUUCUUUCUAUCUAUCUGAAGUCUCAGGACUUCAAAACGAGGUGGAUACGAAAUGUAUAGCUUAGCUAAACAAUGGCUGGGAUUAGACUUUUCAUCUCUACUGAAUGCUGUGCUCCUACUGCAUCUAACCUCACAGCCACGAGAGCUACGUCAGCCGCGGUGCGCCCUGUCCAAUACAUGUAAGAGAAAUGGGUUUUUAAAGACCAUUCCCGUCACCUAAAAAGCAUGCCUAGGGAACACCUUUACAGGAGCACCAGGCAUAUAACCAUUGCAGAGCUGUGAAGUUUAAUUACAGUUCUUUUCAUCUGAACUCCCUCCUCUCUAUAGCCCGGGGGUGGGGAAGUUCUGACCGGGAUGAUGAGGUGUCUUGAACUUCUCCACUUGAUGAGGCAGCCAAUCGCAUCAGAUACUUCAGUUAAUGCUGCUACUCUGAUACUUAAAUAAGGGUGAACAAUGACUGCCCUGAAAAACGAAGCAAUUCUCAAGCAGCACCUUAUAAACGGUUGGCAGAUAGAUAUGCUAGUGCUACCCGUGGAAAGCAAAGCCGUCUCCUUGUGGCUUGUGUAGUUACCGGGCACGCGGUACAGUACAGGAUGCGUACAUGAGCUCCACCCUCUAGGCCACGGGCGGUGUCACAACUUCAAACGGGAUGCAUGGCUCUUGAUCCAGAGUCACUGAAGAGCAGUUAGUACACAUUUUUCUACUUCUUCCGUUUUAUCUUAAAUUGAUUAAAAAGCAUCACUCCUCAAAAAUCGUCACUCCUCAGCCAUCACUACUUUGCAGUAUAUAUACGGAGGUUAAGGGCAUGAUGCACAGUUGGGUUAUCCGAUUAACUUACUAACCAUACCACCCAGACCUGGUCACCACUAAUUAGUAUGCUGUGGUAGAAAGCACAUUACACAUCCUUUGGCCUACGAUACCCAGUACCAGAGAGCAGUGCCUAGUACCUAAUACCAGCCAAUAAAUGUUGAACUACGGUUGGAUGAGGCGUUUGGAUUUAGUCCAGGAAUACAAGUUACUCAACUUCAUACACUAUCUUCUCAAGUCAUUCCCAUCUUAAAUUCUUAAAUCUGUAGAAUGUAUUCAGUGGAACGUCAGGAGGUUGCAAUUUGAAGCUCAGGUGCUGCUUUUAGAAUUCUUCUCGGCAGGGUUACACUGAGAGCUUUCAGUUACCUUAUAAUAUAUUUACUAGUUCAUUCGUAAUUUACUACUGCUGGCAAGGUUUUAGCAUCCAGAAAGUUGACAGCAAAAGACCUUUAUAAAGCAUUAACCAUGAAACUCCAGUGUC